AUGUUAGACUGUUCUCUAGAGGAGGAUGCUUUUGGGCCAAUUGUCGCUCCUUCUUGUCUGCAUGGAUUUGACUUCACACUCUUGUUUGAAGAGAGCAUUCUCACACUCGGGCCGAUCGGUGUUGUUUAUUUAGCAGCGUCCAUUCGAAUUUGGAAGCUUUCGGGGGUCCCAGAAAAGGCCAACCGGUCAUGGUUGUAUACCACAAAGGAGUUAUUGUGGCUGUUCUAUACAGGAUGUCAUAUGGUCCUGCUAGCCCUCUGGUGUCAGACUGCCACAUUCAAAACAAAAGCAACUAUUCUUACAGCUACUGUGACUGUCAUUAUUUCCCUUUUUCUGGCCUACUUGUCUCAUCUUGAGCAUCUCCGGUCCAUACGCCCAUCUACAGUGAUCAAUGUCUUCCUCGUAUUUACCUUGCUCUUCGAUCUCGUACGCCUUCGAACUCUGUAUUUCAUGCCUAUUACUCAAACUGUGACCAUUCUUUUUGCUAUAUCAUGGGUCAUCAAAGCGACGAUUCUCGGGUUGGAGGCGACAGAAAAGAGAUCUUUGCUCAAAAAGAGAUAUGAAAAUAGCCCGGUUGAGUCGACCAGUGGUGUGCUGAAUCGCGCUAUAUUUUGGUGGCUGAAUGAACUACUAUGGCGCGGGUCAAAAGAUAUUUUGACAGUUGACAGUCUACCUACUCUCGACAAUGAUAUCAGGGCUGCUUCAAAUCCUCAGUCACUCCUUGAAAGAUGGGACAAAGCCAACAAAUAUGAUCAAAAUUCACUCUUAUGGACCUUCGUAUCUCACUACAAAUGGGCCUUCCUGGAGGGUGUUUUACCCCGAGUUGCAUACACGGGAUUUUGCUUUGCGCAGCCAUUUCUCGUCGAGCGCGUACUUGAUUUUAUGACUGAGCCAGAGCACGUUAACUCUGCCAACUAUGCGUAUGGACUUAUCGGUGCCUAUGCUAUUGUGUAUAUCGGUAUCGCCAUCUCAUAUGCUGCUUACGAGCACAAGACUUACCGUCUUAUUACUAUGGUCCGAGGAAGUUUAGUCACAUUAAUCUUCAACAAAACUCUGCGGCUGAGCACUACGGUCAUCUCGGAUACUGCUGCCAUUACGUUGAUGAGUACUGACGUUGAACGAAUCGGAAGCGGUCUCAAAGAGAUGCACGAGUUAUACUCUAACUUUACCGAGGUUGCAUUGGCCUUGUGGCUACUAGCACGACUGCUCAAUGUUGCGACAAUCGCGUCUACUACAGUUGUUGUCGUAUGUUUGGCUGCAGGCGUCCCACUGGCAGUCGCUUGUGGAAAAGCACAAGGCGUAUGGCUUGAGGCCACUGAGGAACGAGUGACUGUUACCUCCAAGGUUCUUGGGGUGAUGAAAAACAUCAAGAUGACAGGCUUGACACAAACCAUCUCUGGUAGCCUUCGCGAUUUGCGGUCUGCAGAAAUCGAUGCUUCAUUUCCGUUUCGACUCUACGAAACAUUGGGAAUCACACUAGGUAUGUCCGGCUCCAGCUGGGAGAUUUUCGCUAAUCAUAUAGGGUAUGCCUCUUCAUCCCUGGCCCCGGUGUUUGGAUUUGGUGUUUAUAUUAUUCUUGCCGAAGCAAAUGACACAGCUACACUAACAAACGGGCUGGCCUUUUCUGCGUUGACACUCUUUUCGCUGUUGGAUCAGCCAAUGGGCUCUAUUGUGAAUGGCUCGGAGGAUCUGAUGGCCGUGGUCAACUGCUUCCAACGGAUCCAAAAGCACUUGAUGGAAGCGGAAAGAGUUGAUCGCCGAGUAAAGCACGAUAAUCAAGGAUCUCUACUAGCGCAAGGUACUAGUGAAGCGCCUCUGAUUGAGACUGAUUCCUCGGCCUGGGAACAUCAUAUCGAACCUUGUGCUAUCCUUCGAAACCUCUCUGUAGCUUGGUCAAUUGACACUGAGCCGGUGCUAAAAGAUCUGACCGCUAAUAUCCAAGAGUCCAAGGUUACAAUGAUUGUUGGGCCUGUUGGAAGUGGCAAAUCUACUUUUUUGAAGAUGCUCAUAGGAGAGAUCCCGGAAUAUUCUGGCUCGAUCUCCACCAGCUUCACUCAUGCCGCAUAUUGUAGUCAAUCGCCAUGGAUUACGUUCGGGACAAUCCAAGAAAAUAUUGUUGGUGCAUCGCCAUGGGAUCGACCCUGGUACGACCAGGUUACCAAGUCGUGCGCUCUACAAGCCGAUUUCCAACAACUUCCUGCGGGGGAUCAGACAAAAGUCGGCGUUCGGGGUUCUCGACUUAGUGGAGGGCAGCAAAUGCGUGUGGCACUUGCGCGGGCCCUUUACUCGAAAGAGCCAGUUCUUGUUUUAGACGACGCCCUAACGGGUCUUGACCGAGAAACUGAGAAGAUAAUUCUAGAGAAUUUGUUUGCUGAACAUGGUUCCAUCAAGCGUUCUCGGCAAACAGUGAUUAUGGCAACAAACUCAGCGCAUCAUCUUCUCUAUGCUGAUAAUGUCAUCGCGCUGGGUGAGGAUGGGCGAAUCAUCCAACACGGGUCAUAUAGUGAUCUCACCAGUUCCGGUGGCUAUAUUAAAAUGCUUUCCGAUGGUUUUAACCAAGUCAACACUGCCAGCCCCCCUUAUUUUGUAUUGGACGACGAACCAUUGGGGGAAUUGAACUUGGAUGACCAAGACACGGAUUUGAGUCGACGAACUGGCGACUGGACUGUCUAUCGCUAUUAUUUUCAGAACAUUGGUUGGCCUCUUCUGUCGCUCUUCCUUGCAUGCUGUGUUCUCUUUAUUCUCGGUCUCAGCUUUCCUCAAAUAUGGUUGCAGUGGUGGACCCGUGCCAAUGAACAGCAUCCCAAUGAACAUGUUCAUUACUGGUUAGGUGUAUAUGCUGCACUUGGGUUCUUCUCACUUCUAACGACCUUUAUUGGCACUUGGAUCCUCAUCAUGAUCAUACAGCCCCGAACAGCCCGUCAGUUCCAUGAGAUUCUUUUGCGUACUACAAUAGGAGCCACGACCUCUUUUCUUACCUCUACGGAUAUCGGAAGCACCACAAAUAGAUUUAGCCAAGACCUGGAGCUCAUUGACGACGAGCUUCCUUCGGCCUUGGAGCUAACAGUCAAUGCUGCCCUAAGCUGUGUUGUUGAAGGAUUUCUAGUCUUUGUUGGGUCUUCUUACGUGACAGCAGCAGUGAUCCCAGUCUGCGUCCUGGUGAUAUAUUACGUGGCAAAAUUCUACGUCCAAACCUCUCGCCAAAUGCGUCUACUAGACAUUGAAGCCAAAGCACCUUUAUUCUCUCAAUUCUUAGAAGCCCUCAAUGGCCUCUCCAGCAUUCGAGCCUAUGGCUGGACAGAGGAUUACCACCGUCGUAAUCAAAUUGCCCUCGACGCUUCCCAACGCUCUUCUUAUUUGCUUUAUUGCAUUCAGCGCUGGAUUGGUCUCGUGCUAGAUUUGAUCGUGGCAUGUAUUGCUGUCAUCGUCAUCGCUGUUGCAAUCUCGAUGAAGGGUAGACCUUCCAUGAACUUAUUGGGUAUCGCGCUAUUCAACAUUGUCAACUUCAGUGGCACCCUUCAGAGGCUUGUUAUAUACUGGAUUGGAUUGGAAACCUCCAUUGGGGCGGUUUCUAGAAUUCGCUCAUAUGUGCUACAAGCCACUACCGAGGAUUUAGACACCGAAACAGUGGCUGUUCCCGAGGACUGGCCUCAGCAGGGUGGAAUUGAUAUAACUGGUCUUUCAGCAUCUUACGAUGCCUCUUCAGAUCCUGUUCUCGUGGGAGUUGAUCUCAAAAUUCUCCCCGGCGAAAAGAUUGCCCUCUGUGGCAGGACUGGCAGUGGGAAAUCAUCCCUUGUUUCGGCAAUUUUACGAAUACUAGAGCUAAAUAGCGGUACAAUUUCCAUUGAUGGAGUAGAUAUUUCGAAAGUCUCCAGAACACACGUUCGGUCCAGAAUCAACACCAUUCCGCAACAGCCCUUUUUCCUUCAUGGCACGGUAAGGCUAAAUGCAAAUCCUGAGGGAGAUUCAACUGAUGAAACAAUUAUUACAUCCCUACAAGCAGUCAAUCUAUGGUCUUACAUUCAACUCAAAGGAGGGCUUGAUAUCGAGAUGUCUGAUGAUUUACUAUCUCAUGGACAGAAACAGCUCUUCUGCCUCGCAAGAGCACUUUGCAAAUCCAGCAAUAUUAUUAUCAUGGACGAGGCUACUAGCAGUGUGGACUCGGACACAGAUACACACAUGCAAACCGUCAUUCGAACGCAUUUCAAAGAUCAGACUGUCAUCGCUAUUGCACACAAACUGCAUACAGUUCUAGACUUUGACAAAAUUGCUCUCAUGGAAAAUGGCAAAAUUGUGGAGUUCGAUACACCCAAAGCGCUUUUGUCAAAAGAGGGAUCGGGUUUUAGGAUUUUGUUAGAGGCUUUUCGCGACAGUUCCAAAGAAUAG